GACCUUGAAAAUCCAGAUGAGCAAAUUAGAUCAUGCUUCCACGACCGACUGGAAGGUUCCUGAUGCAGGUCACGACUGGAAGGUUCCUGAUACAGGUCACGACUGGAAGGUUCCUGAUGCAGGUCACGACUGGAAGGUUCCUGAUGCAGGUCACGACUGGAAGGUUCCUGAUGCAGGUCACGACUGGAAGGUUCCUGAUGCAGGUCACGACUGGAAGGUUCCUGAUGCAGGUCACGACUGGAAGGUUCCUGAUGCAGGUCACGACUGGAAGGUUCCUGAUGCAGGUCACGACUGGAAGGUUCCUGAUGCAGGUCACGACUGGAAGGUUCCUGAUGCAGGUCACGACUGGAAGGUUCCUGAUGCAGGUCAUGACUGGAAGGUUCCUGAUGCAGGUCACGACUGGAAGGUUCCUGAUGCAGGUCACGACUGGAAGGUUCCUGAUGCAGGUCUUCCUACUUCAGUCCCCCGGGGUUGAUCACUAUGGGCAGAGCUUCUGCUAAGUCAGCUUUCAGACAGGAACCAGCAAACAUGAGCGGGGCCAACACUAUCUUCACACCUUUGAUUAUUUCUGAAGGUCAAAGACUUAGGAG